CACAUGUAUUUAUGUGGUGCAGUGUCACAUUGGAAAUACGCAUUUUUGUCUCAUUAAAAAAAACUGUAAUGUUAAUACUUUCAACAGAUUUCAUUAUUUAUUAUCAAACGUCAGGUUGAAGCUGAUCAACACAAGUCUUAGUGUACUUUAUUUUUAGUUUAUCUUGAUUUAAGAUUAAAUUUGCGCACGCUUUUAAAAUGUACGGACGUUUUCGUUAAUGGAUAUAUAUAUAUAUAUAUAUAUUGGAUACUUAAAUAAACAAGGUAAGAGAGCGCCUGGUCCGAUGGUUAGUUUUCUCUAUGGCCACGGCUGUGCUGAAGUAUGGGGCUAUCGGUGCAGCUCUAACAGUGUGUGGACUCCUUCUGUAUCUUGCACAGUACAAGUUUAUUGUGAGAGAAGGGGAAUGGAAUAUAAAUAUUCAGACUGAAAGACAAGAAGCUUCUGUUGACACAGGCUUUGAUGAUGCGGUGGUUGGAAGAAACGACGCUGACAAAACAUACUUUCAUGUGGAUAAAUAUAAUCUUACAAACGAAGUUCUUGAACUAAAAGGGUACUUUAAUGGAUCAGAACAAUCUAAUAUUGAAUCAGUUUAUAUAAAAGGACUUUCCAAUCUUAUUAAUCAAGCAAAACCUUUUAUAGUAUCAGAUGAGAAAUUAGAACAUGCAUAUCUAGAAAAGGACAAUUUUUUCAAAGUAGACAGAUCGGUUAAAGAAGUAAAUUGCCGCGCAAUUAUUGACGGCAAUGACAACGAAACGCUAAAAGCGGAAAAUGCAUCUGAAACAAAUAAAAAGGUUGGCGUUACAGCUGAAAAAUAUAUACAGAUGACCUCUAAUUGCUCAACCUUUAUAUCUGAACGAGGCUAUAUCACAGAUUCAUUAACAGAAGUUGAAAAUAAUUUUCAUAUUGCAUUUAGCUUGUUAAUGUUCAAAGAUAUUGAACAAAGUGAAAGACUAUUACGAGCAAUUUAUAGACCACAAAACAUAUACUGUAUACAUGUAGAUAAAAAGAGUUCAGAUGAUAUUUUCAAGGCAAUGUCAAACAUUGCUAGCUGCUUCGACAAUGUGUUCAUCGCAAGUAAGCGUUAUAAAGUGCAAUGGGGGACCAUGACUGUUUUAGAACCGGACUUAUUAUGCAUGAAAGAGUUAUGGAACAAAAGUAAAUCAUGGAAAUAUUUUAUCAAUUUAACGGGACAGGAAUUUCCGUUAAGAACUAAUUACGAACUGGUGCAAAUAUUAAAAGCUUACAAUGGUGCUAACGAUCUGGAGGGAACCGUUGAACAUGCCAAUAAAGACAGAUGGGAGAAUGCGGGAACCCCACCGCACGGGAUUGUUCCAACAAAAGGAUCUGUCCAUAUUGUAGCAAGUAGAGGAUAUGUUGACUAUGUUUUACAUGAUCAAAGAGCACGUGACUUUUUGAAUUGGACAAAACACACCAAAGUGCCUGAUGAAACCUUUUUUGCAUCUUUAAACCAUAAUCCAAGUUUACAAGUACCAGGAUCCUAUAAAGGCUAUCCGGAGACUGAAAUGAAAGAGAAUAUCAAACCGUUUGUUGCACGUUUUAAGAAUUGGGGAGCCGGAAAAUACAACUGGCCAUGCAAAGGGAAGCGAGUGCGCAUGAUCUGUAUAUUUGGAACGGGAGACCUUCCAAUGCUAGCUUCAAGGCGAGAACUUUUCGCGAACAAGUUUUAUUUAGACUAUCACCAUUUUGCCUUAGACUGUCUGGAAGAGCUUCAUUUUAACCAUACGAGAGACGAAUAUCUCGGAAAACUAGCAUUCGAUCCAAGAUGGUAUUCAAAACUUGGAUUUGUAUUAAACAAAGUGGAAUAAACCAAUGAGAAACAAAACAGAAUGAACAAUGACUACGGUGAUUUAUUUUUAUUUUUUAACUGGUGUGUAUGCGUUUGCAAAGCCCCGUAGUUAAGAUCUAAAAACUUGGUUUAAUAUUAUAGUGCCAUAAUUAUAUCACAUGAACAGAAGUUCGCAACGUAUUGUUUUAUUAACAUGUCGCCAUGUGUAGGUUAUUAUGUCUCCCACCACACAGUGGUGUGGGAGACAUAUUGAUAUACUCCAGUCUGUGCGUGUGUCUGUGUAUCUGUCUGUCACAAAGCUUGUCCGCAUUCUUAAGUCAAAUAUUUCUCAUCCGAUCUUCACCAAACUUGAACAAAAUGUGCUUUCUAAUAACUCCUUGGCCAAGUUCGAUAACUAGCAAAAUCGGCCCAGGCACUUCGGAAUUAUGGCCCUUGACCAAAAAUUACGAAACCAUUCAUACAAGUCCGUCGAGACUCACAUGACCAAAAUUACGGAACCAUUCAUACAAGUCGAUCUAGACUCACUAUAUACUUACUAUUCAGAUAAUUAGGCAGUUGUGGGAGACAUGCCCUUUUCUCAAAAGCAGCUCUGGUUAAUAAUUGAACUGAAUAUGAUUAAUUAAAAACUUAUGCUAAUUUAUGCAUUUUCUACCCAUUUUACAGUACCAAGGAGUAACUUAAGUAUUGUUUUAAAUAAUACUUAUAUUUUGUUUUACAGUUUUAUGUAUACAUUCCCAUUCCAACUGUUAAAAGUGUUUUAUGAUAUGAUGAUUUUGAAGCUCAAACUUGUUAUAUUACAGUGCUCAUAAACAGCUAUCUAUUUACAUGCACCCUACCUUGUUUCUGUUAUAUUUAUGAUCAUUUAAAUUACAUAUAAAAUAAAUAAUGCUACAAAAAUA